CAUCUUCCUUUGUCACAUUUUUGAUGCUCUUGAGGCAGACAUCACUAGCUCGCAACUUCCACCGUUCUCUCACUACCCGUGUCACUACUACCUCACCUCAACCCUUAGCACGGCUUCCCUGCUCUGCUACGUCCGCAGCCUCUCCCAUCCAACACUUGCAACCUUAUCACUCUCCGACCCUCCACCGACGUGCCUUCUACUCCUCGCCCUCUCGUGCACAUCAGCCAGACAUGGGAGCGAUUAACAAAGGUCGAAUCGACACGACGGCGCGUGUGGCCCACUUGCGCGCUCUCAUGGCGCAGCAUGAGGUCCAAGCGUACGUCAUUCCCUCGGAAGAUGCCCAUGCCUCUGAGUAUCCAGCUGAGUGCGACCUGCGAAGGACCUUCAUCACCGGCUUCAACGGCUCAGCAGGCACAGCCGUCGUCACUACCGUCGCUCCUGUCACGGGCAGCGCUGCGGCAAAGUCAGACAAGGAGAUCGGCGAGCCAGAAGCGCUCCUCUUCACCGAUGGCCGCUACUUCCUCCAGGCCGGGCAGCAGCUUCAGCCCGAGGUGUGGAAGCUCAUGAAGCAGGGAGAGGAGGGUGUACCGACGUGGACAGAGUACAUUACCUCGCAUCUCCCACCCUCGAGUGUAGUAGGGAUCGACCCUUCCCUCCUCGCCAUCUCCGAUUACCAAGACCUUUCCAAGUCGAUGGCAAAGCGCAAUUGCAGCCUCAAGUCUCUCCCUACAAAUCUCAUCGACGAGAUCUGGAACGCCAUCCCCUCCAACGAUCCGGAAGCUCGCCCUGCUGCUCCUCGAAACGAGAUUUUCAUUCAGCCCCUCAAGUACGCCGGCAAGAGCGUGGCAGAGAAGGUUAAUGAAGUGCGCAUUGAGGUCAUGAAGCUCAACAAGGAGAGGGCCAGGCAGGGCGUCACCUUGCAGGGCUUUGUGGCAACCAUGAUGGACGAAGUGGCAUGGCUACUGAACCUGCGCGGAACGGACGUGCCUUACAAUCCCGUCUUCUUCGGUUUUGCCAUCGUUCCUCUUCAGGACAAGGGCCCUGCGACUGCUUACCUCGACCACUCGAAGCUCACCGAUGAGGCUCGCGAGCAGCUCGUCGAGGCAGGAGUGGCCGUCAAGCCCUACGAGAGCUUCUAUGCCGAUCUUGCAGCCAUCGGCUCAAGCUUGGCCUCCGCUCAGGGUGCCUCGGAAGGAGAGGGCAAGAAGGAGAAGUUCCUCAUUGGCAAGCGUGGCUCUCUCGCCGUCUCUGAUGCGCUCGGUGGCCUCGAAAAGACGGAUGUGGACCGCUCACCGGUCAUCGACCUCAAGUCGAUCAAGAACGAGGUCGAGCUCGAAGGAUUCCGACACUGCCACAUCCAGGAUGGAGCCGCGUUGGCAAACUACUUUGCCUGGCUCGAGGCCGAGCUCCAAGCAGGCAAGACCGUCCGCGAGUAUGAAGGCUCAGAGAAGCUCAAGGCAUUCCGAGCAGCGAUGCCUGGCUUCAAGGGCGAGUCCUUUACGACCAUUUCCUCCACCGGCCCUAACGCCGCCGUAAUUCACUACUCGCCCAGCCCGGAAGAGGGAAAGAGCGAGGUCAUCGAAAAGACCAAAAUCUACCUCUGUGACUCUGGCGCUCAGUUCCAGGACGGGACGACGGAUGUCACUCGUACGCUGCACUUUGCUCCUUCAGAGGAGAACCCAGCAACGCUUAAGGAGAUCAGAACAGCCUUUACGCGCGUCCUCCAGGGUCAUAUUGCGAUCGACGAGGCCGUCUUCCCUAAGGGGACAACGGGGUACCUCCUUGAUGUACUGGCACGUCGGGCCCUGUGGGAGGAAGGACUGGACUACCGCCACGGAACGGGCCAUGGAGUCGGCUCGUACUUGAAUGUCCACGAGGGCCCCGCUGGAAUUGGGACACGGCUCGUCUUCAACGAGACUCCCCUGCGUGACGCGAUGGUGUUGAGCAAUGAGCCUGGAUUCUACAAGGAUGGCUCGUGGGGCAUCCGAAUCGAGAACCUGGUCAUCGUUCGACCGGCAAAGACGCAGAACAACUUUGGUGGUAAAGGAUACUUCACUUUUGAGCACCUUACCCUCUGCCCGAUUCAGACCAGUCUGAUCGAUGCGAGCUUGCUGAGCGUCAAGGAGAAGGAGUGGAUCAAUGCGUAUCACGAUGAGGUGCUCAAGAAGGUUGGACCGGUGCUUGAGAAGCAAGGGAAGGAUGGCGAGCUGGGAUUGAAGUGGCUGGAGAGGGAAUGUAAGGAGAGGGUAUAAGGGCAGGGAGCAGAGAGAGUAAUGGAAUGCAACUGAGUGUCAUUGCUCCUCGCUCGGGCCGUAGAUGCGCAUGAGCUGGUGUGGUGGGUGGAAUCUGCCUCCUGCCCUUUCUCCUCUCUGCAGCCCCUGCAUACGUCUCCAGGGGCGAUUCCUCUGGUAUCACUAUGCGUCUCAACGCUCCUUCUAUCUCUCCUCCUGCAUCCUCGUCAGGUGGGGCAGCCAGUGCUAGCGUGAAGAGCGCGUCAUUCGUGAAGCGUCGCUUCCCACCUGCGUGGUCGUGUGAUUCGGCCGAGGCAACUACGUAAACUUCGCAUGAG